CAAACAGCUAACCAAACUUAAUCUAGCGCUCAUUUUUUCGUUAUGGCAGAGUGGCUCGAUAAAUCUGAUAGUUUACAAAGACAAUGCCGAUAUCGAACCUGACUAUACAAGGAGUGCAGAACUCUCGACUGAACGCGUCGUGCAGCAUUGAAUCGAUCAUCCUCUCAACUACUCCUAAUUUAGUGUUCGAACUAAUCCGAACUCCACAUACGAACAUCAAUCUUAUGACAACCCACUAGUAUACCGAAGACUUGGAAGCAGAACAAUAAUCAUGUCUGCUUCGACAAAAUACUAUUUGCUGUUUGGAGGCCAGGGGUCGACUACUGUUUUCUCGCACAGCGCGAGUGCAGCUGCAGAGGAAGAUGCUCACUCAGCGAGCGCCGGCAGCAUCCUUCUAUCGAGAUGCCAUGUGGCUUUCUUGCAAGAGAUAGCGAGUCUAGACGCACGAUCGCAAGAUGUACUUGCAAUCGACCUCGGCCUCUUCCCCCUUCCCCGUGACCUGCUCAAGCCGGUCGCACAAUACCAUACACAUGCAGUGCUCCAAGCAACCACCAUCUAUCUCUGCCAAGUGUUACAUUACCUGGCAGAAAUACAUCGCGUCGAUGGACGAUUCGAGGACUUCUUCGACCAUGUUCGAGAGACAGCGGGUUUCUCCUCGGGCUUGCUCCCGGCUGUAGUAGCCGCACGCUCACACAGCUUGGACGAGUUCAUCACUACCGCAGUGGAAGUAUUCCGCCUUGCCUUUUGGAUUGCAUUUCGCACUCUCUUCCGGGACAUCAACACCAAUACAAGCCUCGCCACCGACGGUGACAUGGCUUCGCAAGCGACAUCGUCACUCGUGAUUCGUGGCCUCUCACCGAGCCAGGUCGAAGAGAGACUAAAACAACACUUUACGACGCAGGAGCUGGGUCAAUUUUCCCAGAAACCACUUCGACGACUGCAGAUAUCUGCCAUCUCCAGCUCUAGUGUUGUGUCUGUCUCUGGCCCUGGAGUCGAACUCAGUGCGUUCAGGAAGCAGGCCGUCCCUGAUCUUACAACAACGUUCGCACAUAUACAUGGAUGGUAUCAUGGAGGCGACCAACUUGAAGACGUUGUCAAAGAAGUCCUUGAAGAUUUGCGGCGGCGGGCCAUCUCCUUUCCCAAAUGUUCUGGGCCUACAAAACCCAUUCGUUCAACCGUGGACGGCACGUUAUUCGAUACUUCAGAUGCCGACGCUUCAAAUUUGCUUGAGUGGAUAGUUCGGCACUUGCUGGUAUACUGUGUGAACUGGAGCGACACAUCUCUUCAGAUCGCAGUAGAUGUUAGGGGGCUUUUGGUACGGGAGCCCGCAACAGUCGUGAAGCUCCUGUCGUUCGGACCAAGCUCUGGUUCUCUCUUCCCAGACUUCCAGACUCUUGAUCCUAGAAUACAACUUCUGGAUCUAUCGUCAUUUAAAACUAACAAUAAAUCUCGGUUGCCCUACGAGCACCGGGAUAGUAUUGCCAUUGUUGGGAUGAGCGUAAAUCUCCCCAAAGGAAAAGGGACCUCGGAGCUAUGGGAAACGCUUUCCCAGGGGCUCAAUGCCGUACAAGAGAUUCCUGAAUCCAGGUUCAAGGUCUCCGAGUAUUACUCAGAGGAUUCGCAUAAGCCGCGUUCGAUGCCCACCAGGCACGGCGCAUUCCUGGGGGAUCCCUUCUCCUUCGACAAUGCCUUUUUCAAUAUUUCUCCACGAGAAGCAAAAUCUAUGGAUCCUCAGCAGCGGAUCCUAUUGCAUGCAGCUCAGGAAGCCUUCGAAGAUGCGGGCUAUGUAGCGGAUUCAUCGCCGUCUUUCCAAAGAGCUUCCAUGGGAUGUUACAUCGGCCUUGCUACUGGGGAUUACACAGACAAUCUUCGUAACGAUAUUGAUGUCUUCUACUCUCCAGGAACAUUGAGGGCAUUUCAUAGUGGAAGGAUAUCUUACUUUUAUAGGCUCAGUGGCCCGUCCAUUGUGACUGAUACCGCCUGCUCAUCCUCCAUGGUCUCCGUGUACCAGGCAUGCCGAGCCCUACAACAUGGAGAUUGCACAGCAACUAUAGCGGGCGGCGUCAAUGUGAUUUCGAGCCCAGAUAUGUACCUUGGUUUGGCCCGAGGCCACUUCCUCAGUUCAACAGGAGGCUGCAAGCCCUUCGAUGCAGCUGCUGAUGGAUACUGUCGGGCUGAGGGGUGUGUUCUUUUUGUGCUGAAACGAUUAUCCGACGCUAUCGCGGAAAACGAUCGUAUACACGGAGUCAUUAGGAACAUAAUGAUUAAUCAAAGCGGCAAUGCGCACUCUAUCACACAUCCUCACAGUCAAACCCAAAUCGAUCUUUUCCAACGACUCCUCCAACAAACCAAUGUCGAUCCCGGAUCCGUUGGUGUCAUAGAAGCACAUGGGACAGGCACACAGGCUGGAGAUGCACGCGAAAUUGAAAGUUUGAGAACCAUCUUCGGCCCACAUCACUUCACGGCGGCGAACCCUCUUGUGGUCAGUUCUAUCAAGGGAAAUAUCGGCCAUUGUGAAGCCGCGUCUGGCGCAGCUGGUUUGGCUAAGUUGUUGCUUAUGCUUCGCGAGAAAAAGAUCCCAAUACAAGUCGGAUUCAAGGACAUCAAUCCAUGUUUUACGGACUUGGAAAGCUCUAGCUUCGUUAUACCAAGGCGGACCACAACAUGGAACCACUCGCAAAGGUCACCAAGGAGAGCUAUGCUAAAUAAUUUCGGCGCUGCUGGCUCAAACACGUCUCUCCUCCUAGAAGAGUGGGUUGAGCCACCUGUUACUCAGCCCAGGAAUCGGGAGCGAUCAGCAUUUAUCUUUGCAUCUUCUGCAAAAUCACAAAUUACCUUGCGAGCGGCUGUACAUCAAUACCUUCAGUUCUUGGAGAAAGCAGAACGUCGGCCGUCUUUGAAAGAUAUCUGUUACACUGCCACUGCGCGGCGUCAGGUCUAUGAUCACCGCAUUUCCAUGGUAUGCACCUCUAUCAACGAUCUGCGGACCAAAUUGGAACAUGUUAAAGCUAUCAACUCCGUCCCCGCGCGUACUGUUUCAGCCACUAUCUUCGUCUUCUCUGGACAAGGCGGUCUGUAUCAAGGUAUGGGGAAUGAUUUUAUGUACACAUUCCCUGCUUUCAGAGAGGAUGUCAUGACUUGCGAAGGCAUUUUACAAGGAUUGGGAUACCCAAGCAUGCUCAGUAUAUUAUGCAGGGAUCAGGGCGAUGCAAUGGCUUUAGACAGCGCCGAGCUGAUUAUCGCCUCACAAUGUGCAUGCAUGGCACUAGAAUAUGCUCUCGCGAAAAUGUUCAUGUCAUGGGGUAUUUUGCCCAACUAUAUUAUGGGUCAUAGUCUCGGCGAAUACGCUGCUCUAUGCAUCUCAGGCGCACUGUCAUUAGAGGAUGCAUUGCGUGUCGUGGCAACUCGAGCGAAACUCAUGAGCGAAAAUUGUCUUCCUGGCACGUCUGGGAUGCUGGCGUGCAAUUUGUCCCCCGAAAAAGCUGAAGAAUUGAUACUGGAGAACCAGAACACAUCCCAGCUCACUGUCACAUGCCUAAACGGCAUUAGUGACUGUGUCGUUGGUGGACUGCUCGACCAAAUCAGUCUCUUCCAGAAGGAAUGUAAGAGACGAAAGGUCAAGUCAAAAUUGCUAGACGUUCCUUAUGCAUUCCACUCACCGGCGAUGGAUCCAAUACUGCAACCCCUGCAAGAACUGGGGCGCUCAAUCAAGUUCAAGCGACCUACGAUUCCCGUCAUAUCGAAUGUGUUUGGGCGAAUCUUUGAAGAGGACGACUUUUCCAGCGACUACUUCGCGCUUCACGCGAGGCAGCCAGUGCACUUUAGCGAAGGUCUAAUGAGUUUGCAAUCGAGAGAACUACUUGACGACUCUGUAUUCCUCGAGAUAGGCCCGCAACCUACAACAAUACCGAUGCUACGGAGCUCGAUUUAUUCACAAUCUUGUACCUACCUUAAUACCUUGCAAAAGGGCCAAGACGCGUGGGCUUCGAUUAGUUCGACACUCGCCGCGAUAUCAUUGCGCAAAAUUCCGGUCAACUGGCGCGAGGUCUUUACUGGUACGUCAGCGAAAAUGACAAGCUUACCAGGUCAUCUACUGGAGGGAUCAUCCUUCAUGAUCCCAUACCAAGAACCCCUUCAGGUAUUCAGUCUCCCCGGGCAGAAUAUGACGAAUCCCCGCACCAAAACCGGUUUUGGUCUGCUACCGUGGCUGAAGACUCAGGCCUCUUCGGACGAGGAAUUUGUGCUUGAAACUACACUAGCAAUUCUUGGGCCAUUGAUCUCUGGUCAUAAUGUCGGCGGAAGUCCUAUUUGCCCGGCGUCAGUGUUCCAUGAGCUCGCCAUAGAGGCGACACAGACUAUUCUUGAACCUCUCGAGCGGCAAGUAUUGGUUGUCAGCGAGAUGAACUUUGCCAGUCCAUUGAUAUAUGUAAUAUCGCACAAAACUGAUGUUGUGACGGUGUAUAUCACCAGAAAUGAUUCAACUUCUAGCGCAGACUUCAAGAUCACGUCAUGCUCGGCUCAAGACCAAAAGGAGACUUUACACUGUACGGGUCGCGUCGCUAUACAAAACUUCUGGACAACGCCGUCACACUGGAUGAAGGACGCAGCAAUUGUGGCAAGGCAGAGUCAUUACUUCUCUGGAGCCGGGAGAAAUCACAUCAAUACUUUCCGAACUAAAGUUCUCUAUGAGGCUAUCUUUACACGUGUGGUUAGGUAUUCCCUGGAGUAUCAAACUUUGGUGUAUUUGAAUGUGGCCGAUUCCAAUCUCGAAGGUAUUGGCGAAUUCAAACUACCUUCUAGUUCUCAGACCGAGUACCUCGCACACCCUGUCUUCACAGACACACUUCUGCAUGCUGCAGGAUUUAUCGCAAAUCUUGCCGUAAGGUCGGACGAAGUAGGCAUUUGCGCCCGCGUUGAGUCAAUCGAGAUAUCAUAUCGUGAUAUCGAUUACACGGGUUCCUUCACAGUCUACUGCAGCUUGCUCGAAAUCAAAGGUAUCAUUUUAGCGGACGCAACAGCCUUGGAUUCUUCUGGUAAAGUAGUCGCCGUUGUCCGUGGCAUGGAGUUCAAGAGGCUUCGGCUGUCUGCUUUCCAGCACAUGUUGUCGCUCAAGUCCAUUGCCCUCGAACCUCGGGAAGAUCCUUUGGAGCAAGCGAAACCGCAGCUAGUGACUGGUUUGAUCACUCCUCCGAUAACUGGCGAUGACAUGAAUUCUCUCAUCGAGGCUCCAGGUAGUCUUCUUCAUGACGUCAGUCAAGCACUGAAGGGUAUCGUCAUGGAUGUUGGCGGUUUCUCCGAGCAAGAUAUGGACUACACAAAGUCAUUGGAUGAACUUGGUAUUGAUUCUCUCGUGCAAAUUGAGAUUAUCUCCAAAGUGACAUGCACAUUUCCUGGUCAGGCUGGGCUGGACCAUCAUGCGUUGUCAGAGUGCGAAACUCUCGAGUCUUUGGAGAACAAGUUAUCAUCCAUUUUGCAAUCCUCGAUGGAGAUUGCUGCGCUUACUGGGCCUCCCGUGUCCACUAGCCAGCAAGAUUCACGUCAGCCUACUCUUAUUCCUUCAUAUUAUUCACCGUCUGAUAGUGUGCAGAAGAGUCCAGUCACGCUGCAUAUUUCACAGGGGACGGAAGCACCGCUCUGCCUAUUUCAUGACGGUAGUGGGCAGGUCAGCAUGUAUGCGCGUUUGCGCGACCACGACCGCAGUACAUACGCCUUCUCCGACCCGCAUUUUGGGAGUGACAAGCGACCUCAUUGCAGCAUCAAUCAGAUGGCCAAGUCCUACGUCUCACUUCUUACUAAAUCGAGUUUUUCUCCCCUAAUAGUGGGUGGUUGGUCUUUCGGCGGCGUCGUCGCUUUCGAGGCGGCUCAACAGCUCAUGGCCGAGGGGUUUGAGGUAAAGGGCCUCGUAUUGAUUGACUCUCCAAAUCCAGAUGACCACAAGCCUCUACCCAACGAAGUCAUUGCCAAUAUUUUAAAGCCGAGCGGUCAAACUCUUGCGCUGAACAGCCAUACCGCAUUGAAGGAAGAAUUCCAAUUUAACGCAUCUAUGCUAGGAAAUUACAAGGCAGUGCCCCUUUCAAAAACAAAUAAACCCAAACUGAAGACAGUCAUGUUGAGAAGCCAGGAUAUCUUCGAUACUGAAAAACUUUGCGGGGUUCGCUAUGACUGGCUCAGCAACCAGGAUACUCGAGAUGCCGCUAUCGUCGCUUGGGAAGCAUUGGUCGGUGGCCAUGCCGAAACCCUGCCGAUACCAGGAAACCAUUUCGAGCCCUUCUCAGAGAGUAACAUUAAUGAAACCGGGGCUCAGCUGUGGAAGGCGUGUCGGUACAUUGAAGACUGGAGCGAGUUUUAGUUCUGAUACCAACGAGUAUCACUAGAACGCAUCGGUACACUGAAUAUUUGAGUUUGUAACAUAGCUCAUAGAUUAAUUACAGAAGAAAAUAUAGUAGAACUGUUGAU